GGUGCAGUUCUGUCCGGGGCUGAGGAUGAGUAGGGGAGAUGUGUAUGUGUGUGUGUGGAGGGGGGGAUACCUCAGUUUGACAUAUAUCCCAGGAGACACGCGUGUUUUCAUCAUGUAGAGGCAGCCAGAGAGCCGAGCUAAGUCACAUUCAGCUUUAAACUUCCAUCCGGCCUGAAGCUCACACUGCCGUGACUGCAAGCAGCGGCUUCUCUGCAGAAACAAGCAAAACAAAUCACUCGCAGAAACAGAAGAAUGGCAGCUGCAUACAUCCUCUUCUUCACUUUGUGGGUCUCUACAGCCUUCACCACAGGACUGUUCUGCCCUCAGCUCUGCACCUGCUCGGUUAAAUACAGCCGUCUCUUUGCAGAUUGCUCCUACAAGGAGCUAGAUAAAGUCCCAGAGGGUUUUCCUCCCAGUGUUGCGACCAUUAGUCUCUCUGCUAAUAAAAUCAGUGUACUACUUCUGGGGACAUUUGACAAUGUCACCAGGUUGAUUUCCUUGUGGAUGUCACACAAUGAGAUUGUGUCCAUUGAACAGGGGACGCUUGUGCCUUUGGUUCAUCUGCAAAACUUAGACAUCAGCCACAAUAAAAUAGUAGACUUUCCUUGGGAGGAUCUACAGAACCUCACAGGACUGUAUAUGCUGAAGAUGAAUCACAAUGAGAUGGUCAGCCUGCCAAUGGACGCCUUCUCCAACCUGAAAGAUCUGAAGUCUCUUCGGCUCAACAAUAACAGAUUUGUGACCAUAGCUGAAGGAACAUUUGAAGGUUUGCUGUCUUUGUCACAUUUGCAGAUUUAUAAUAAUCCAUUCGCUUGCACCUGCUCCCUGGAAUGGUUCAGAGUUUGGAUUUCAACAACCACCAUCUCACUCACUGAGCACAGCCCCAUCACUUGUGCAACACCAGAGAAAUUUAAAGGAAUGGAGAUCAGGAAACUGCCUGAGGCAAAAUGUACAAGCCCCAAUGUCACAGUAUGGACUGAGUCAGAUAAUGCACAAUUCUAUGAGGGCAGCAAACUGGUCUUGACUUGUGAAUUCAAAGGAAACCCAAAACCACUAGUCCUGUGGAGCAUUCACAGCAAAAGCCGAAAACAGGAGCUGGCUUUGUUGUUCGCUGAGGAGGGCUCUGCAGAAUCCAGCGAGGACUCCUCGGUGUCCUACGAGUCGGAUUCAAUUAAAGUCUUUAAUAACGGCACACUUCUCGUUUCAAACCUCAGGAAGGAAGAUGGGGGCAACUACAGCUGCUCUGCCACAAAUGAGCUUGGAAGAGCGGAGGAUUCGGUUUUAGUUGAGGUGAUGGCGCUGUCUACACCAACACCCACGAAGCAAAUGACCACAGUACCCACUUACACUAAAACAAACCCAUCUACACGCCAGGAAACAGUCAAAGCAUCUGCUUUUAAUGCUGUGCAGAGAAAAAAAAUUACGAGCAUCAUACCCACUCACCCACCAACUGCAGACAGCGUUUCCGAACCUAAUGAAGAUUUAACAAAAUAUCUAUCUAGCAAAUGUGGCUUGACGGCUAAUACGAGCUAUAUUUCGAGCCCUGUCUCAAACGGGAGCCUAGAUGACAUCAAAUACAUGUUUGACUUUGGUGUGAUUGCAUUAGGAGUGUCAGAAACACAGGCAACAGUGCGACUCAAUCCUCUUCUCAUGGCCAGACAAAAGGGCAACCAGGCAGCUGAUGCCACCUCUGACAACAAAGAGCACCACGGCCUUCCAGACAUCUCAGAAAAAGCCCCUUCAAAUGGCUUGUAUCUGUGCGUCACCGCAGACCUAAAACAUUCUGCCGUGCAGUGGUCGAAGAUCAGGGAUGGCGUCAACUCAUAUCAGUUCAGCGGUUUGCGACCAGGCACCAACUAUUCCCUCUGCCUGACCUACAGAGGGGAGGACUGUGAGGUCCACGUGCUGUUCACCACAAGAAGGAAGGUGCCAAACCUUUUCAUCAUCAUCUCAGUCAGCAUCUGCCUCCUGACCGUGUCCACUGUGCCUCUGCUCGGGGCUACGUGCUUCCACCUGGUGUACAAGUACCGCAGCAAGACCUACAAGCUGAUCCUUAAGGCCAAAGACCAGUAUCACAUAGAGAGGAACCUCACCACCAACUUCAACAUCUACGCACCUCAUGCCGAGUCUCUGAAGAAGAUUGACAGCAGCCAGCUGGAUGAAGAGGAAGACGAGACGGAGAGCGGAGAUGGGGACAAGGAGGCCGAUACGGAAGAGAGUGUGGUGACCGACUCCUUUACUUUGUCUCAGUGCAGGGGGAAUUUGGACGACUGUGAGGUGGGAUCUGAGUACAGUGACAGGCUGCCUCUGGGAGCUGAAGCAGUGAAUAUUACAACUAAUUACAAAUAUCCCAAUCAGUAACUUGUCACUACCUGUGAUAUAAUGUAACUUGCUUUCGUAACAUCCCCACCACCUUAAAAAUUACAAUCCCACACAACUAAACGACAUCCUCCAGAAUGAUUGUAUUUGUUUCAUUAAUACUGAUUGUAAUUAACAUAUCAGUUAUAUUCUCACCUUUCUCUGAUGCUCCAUUUUUUUUAUCAAUUAUGUAAAUAUUAGCUGCGCAAGACCAGUCUCCAUGGAAUUUAACCCAAACCAUGAUCAUUUAAAUCAAAAGGUUCCACGGAGGAGCUGAAACACAGUGCCCUGGUUUAAAUUAUCGUAGAUGAUGCCUUUGGAAACCAUAUUUCCCCUAAAAUGUGACUACUGAUGUAGUUUAGAUGUACGAAUUUAAUUAUCUUGGAUCCAGGAUUGUUUAUCAUUUGUUUGUUAAUCAUUAUGUUGCUUCAUUUGUUGGUGCCAUUCAGUUUCAUAGAAAUAUGACUUUACUAUACUCGCUUGAAACAACAAUCCAUGCUGCAGCAUUCAGUGAUUGGAUGGGCAACUGGUUGCCUGUCUAUUGAUCACUUGUGGAAAUUUUCCAGAUUCUCCAGUGCAGCAAAUAGGACAACAACGCGCUGAUAAAAUCCCCUCCAUCAAAGCAGGAAUUGUCUGUACACUUCGUACUUGUUAAGAGAUGACUUGAAAAUUAUUAUUUUAAAAUUUGGGAAGAAGUUUCUCUUCUUGGUGAGAACAUGAUUAUCACCAUGGUGACCAUUGAUUGAUCUUAGCACUAAACAACUAAAGGUAAAAAGAGUUCCUUUGCUAAUGGUCAUUUUCACACAUGUAAGAGAAAACAGGGGAUUGUCUGUACAGAUGUGUAUUCACUACUGAAAACACUCCUCGCUAUUGUGAGGAGCGUGCAGGAGGUAGGAUGUGAUGUUCAUCACCGGGCACACUAUCGCCUGCUCUGUUCACACGUGGGCAAACCACGCAGUGUGUAGACUUUCUAAUAUCACGCUUGUAGGGUGAAGUGUAUUUAUUGCAGAGAUCUGUUCUGCCUGGUGAAGUUCGAGGUUACAGUGAAUUUACGAAAACUGUAAUAAAAGGUUGGAGAAAGUUGGAGAAAGAAAGCAAACUGAAAAGCAUAGAGAAAGUAUGCACUGUCACCAUAUCUGCAGAAUUCCUGAUUUUCUUCUUUGAAUAAAAAAAGUCUUUUAAAUUUUUAAAUGUGCACCUAGAUACAGAUCUACACAAAAAUACACAUAGUGAUAGACAAUCACGGGGAGCAAGUAUACUAUUUAAACAUCCUUUUAAAAAUUUAUUUCAGUACUGGUGAUCUUGAGAAAGAAAAAAAAGCCCCACAAAACAUGCACGGACUUGACCAAAUUUUAGUAACUCUAUCUCAGUAAAUGCUGUUUACAUAAAAUCAGAAAGGUACGAGUUAAGAAUUCACAGUAAGACCACAAGAGCAAGAAUAAAAUCUUCUGUGGUGUGAAGGUAAAAUUUCCACAGUAGGGACUGAAUAUCUAUUAAGAAUUUCAAAGUGCACACUAUGACUAACCGACACUAAGUCCUGUAUGUAAAUGUUUUUUCAGACCAGUUAUUCAACGGUUAUAUCCACGUUUACAUGAGCGCAGGUAUGACAAGAAAUGAAAGCCUAUGUAACCUCAGAAACGUUGAUAUCUCAUUCAUUUUUAAG